AAAGCUGUUUGACAACCGCGAUAGAACCCCGCAGGAAGAAAACAGAACAGCUAGUGCUAAGCCAGUUAGCAAUGUAGCAAGCGAACGAUGGGUCUUUAAAAUGCUUAAAUAGACCAUAAGACUCCAGUUGACUGAUAUCAGAUAUCACUGCGUAGGUAAAUAGCGAGGAAAGAUGCAAGCUGGUGACCCCGUGGUCAGUGCAGCGAUGGCAGUUGCUGGUGCUCAGAGUCGGUCAGAGGAUGAAGAGUCACUUGGAGUGAAAGACGUGAAAAGGACGGCAACACAAGCGUUUGGUAGUGCUGUUCCCAAGCGCAGAAGUUCGUCCAGGUCGAUAAAGAGGAAGAAGUUUGAUGAUGAGCUGGUGGAGAGCAGUCUUGUCAAGUCGUCCAGUAGAGUCAAAGGCCCUCCUGUCAUAGAGCCUGUUCGCUGUUCGGGGAGUGAACCUUCAUCUAAUGAGAAGAAGAAGGUGACAAAAUCAGGAACUGCUCUCACGCCACCUCUCACCAUGGUAGUGAACCAUGCACCCAUCACUAAGAGAGUAAAGAAAAGUAAGCAGCCUCUACAUAUUACUAAAGACUUGGGACGAUGGAAGCCCACUGAUGACCUGCUGCUUAUAAAUGCAGUGUUACAGACCACAGAUCUAACAUCUGUUCACCUGGGGGUCAAGUUCAGCUGUCGUUUCACAUUGCGGGAAAUUAAAGAGAGGUGGUACGCCCUUCUCUACGAUCCUGUCAUCUCAAAACUGGCAUGGCAGGCCAUGCGUCAACUUCACCCAGAAGCCAUUGCAGCAAUCCAAAGCAAAGCUCUCUUCAGUCAGGCUGAGGAAGCACUGCUGGCUAAGAUUGGUUCAACUAGUCAGCCCAAGCUGGAUGUGUUCCAGGAGCUUUUGAGUAAACACCCCAGUGUCUUUCAUCCAUCUCGCACGCCCAAGAGCCUGCUGGUACACUGGCAGCUGCUAAAGCAGUACUACCUGCUGGAUGACCAGAGUGUCCAGCCUCUCCCUAAAGGCGACCAGGUCCUCAACUUUUCUGAUGCUGAGCAGAUGGUUGAUGACGUUAAGUUAAAGGAGAGUAGAGAUGAGGUGUUGGAACACGAGCUGAUGAUUUCUGAUCGACACCAGAAAAGGGAGAUCAGACAGUUAGAGCAGGAGCUGCCUCGUUGGCAGGUCCUCGUGGACAAUAUCACAGGUAUGAGCAUGCCUGACUUUGACAACCAGACACUGGCAGCGUUACGAGGACGAAUGGUGCGCUACCUCAUGAGAUCACGAGAGAUUACUUUGGGUAGAGCGACCAAGGACAAACCCAUAGAUGUAGAUCUGUCACUAGAGGGACCAGCCUGGAAAAUAUCAAGAAAACAAGGGAUUAUUAAAUUGAAGAAUAAUGGUGAUUUCUUCAUCGCCAAUGAGGGCAGGCGACCCAUCUACAUAGAUGGAAGGCCAGUCCUGUCGGGCAACAAGUGGAAGCUCAACAACAACUCAGUGGUGGAGAUUGCAGGACUUCGCUUUGUGUUUCUAAUUAACCUGGAGCUCAUCUCACUAAUCAAAGCUGAAGCAGCCAAGAUGACGCAGCAGUGAAUGUCAGCCAACCAGCAGAAGAGUGAACAUACAGGACACACUGGAUCCAGCCUGUCUGUCUGUGCCUAACAGCAGUUAACAGUUCAUCCCACGAAGCGCAGUAGUGCCGCCACGAGUCCGACAGCCAUUUACCUUAACUGUGAAUUUUAAACAGACUACAGCUUAAUCCUGAAACAAGAUGGCUACUGGUUUUACUUGUGUGGAUUAUUUUCCAUUUUGUAAUGUAGACACUCUCAUGGUAGAGCUUUGUUUUUCCAAUUUUUUCACAAUAUUGUAUUUAAAUUCUGUAGGAAAGCUUUUUCAGUAAAGUAUUAAACUUGUAUACACAC